CUGUCUGAAGAUGAGAGCCUGUGGCGGCCAUCCACUGCAAGGCAGGCAAAGGUCGCACGGGGGUCAUGAUAUGCGCCUACCUGUUGCAUCGUAAGAAGUUCUCAGAUGCACAAGAAGCACUGGACUUUUAUGGGGAAGUCAGGACCAGGGAUAAAAAGGGGGUCACCAUUCCCAGUCAGCGCAGGUAUGUGUAUUACUACAACUACCUGCUGAAGAACAAGCUGGACUAUAAACCAGUUGCUCUCCUCUUCCAUAAAAUGGUUUUCCAGACUCUGCCAAUGUUCAGUGGGGGCAACUGCAGGGACAGUACUGUAAAAAACAGGAGUGAGGUGAAUCCCCAGGGCUUCAAGAAAGGCAACUGGCACUGGGACCCUCAGUUCGUCGUGUAUCAGUUGAAGGUAAAGAUCCACACGUCAAACCCAGCCCACACACGGAGGGAAGAGAAGCACAUGAUCUUUGAGUUCCCUCAACCUCUUCCAGUUUGUGGCGACAUCAAAGUGGAAUUCUUCCACAAACAGAGCAAGAUGAUGAAGAAGGAUAAAAUGUUCCAUUUCUGGAUAAACACAUUCUUCAUCCCGGGUCCCGAGGAAGCUGGGGAGAAAGUGGAGAAUGGGUCGGUGGUCAAUGACGUGGACAGCCUCUCCUCUCAGAGCCAGAGCUCUCCGGCCGAGAGGGAGCGAGAGAAGGAGCGAGGGAUUGCAGCGGGAGGAUUUGAAAGAGAAAAGGGUGCAGAAAGGGGAGGAGAGCGAGCAGGAGUAGCGGAUGGAGAUAAAGACUACUUGAUUCUGACCUUAACGAAGAAUGACUUGGAUAAGGCCAAUAAGGACAAAGCUAACCGAUAUUUCUCACCCAACUUCAAGGUGAAGUUGUACUUCACAAAGACCGUGGAGGAGCCCUCAAACUCAGAAGCGAGCACUUCAACUUCUGUCACUCCGGAUGUGAGUGAUAAUGAACCCGAUCACUACCGCUAUUCAGACACCACUGAUUCCGACCCGGAAAAUGAACCUUUUGAUGAGGAACAACACACACAGAUUACAAAAGUCUGAACACUUUUUGGCAUCUACACACACACACACACACAUACAUAUACACAAACACAAACGAACACAUGCCGGACAAAAACAAGAAAAACCAACCAACACCAGUGAAAUAAAAAAGGAGAAAACUUGAAAAUAAACUGAAGAGAAAAGGACCCUUCCUCCUCUACCCCUCCAACAGCUCGAGGACAGUCAAGUCGAAUGCCAUUGAUCACAGAUGAAGAAAAAUAUCCCGACCAAUUUAUUGUUUUACUUCAUUUUGAUUAUGACGAAUUUCGUGUGUGGAUAACAACACCGUUGCCUGAGGUGGGAGGGAGGGUCCUGUAGCUAUUCUGUGUAUAUAAAAUCCCUUUUUUGUGUCAAAGAUGUUACAAAUCUAGGCAAUCAGGCGAGGCGAGGAGAAGGGAGGGGAGGAGAGGUAGAGCAGAACACACAUCUCUCCUUCUCCCUGUCUUCACCCAGGCCAGUGCUGCAAUCACCCUCUCCCCCUCUCCCUCGCUCUUCCCCUCCUUACUGUGAAUGCUUCUCGUGCUGUCUGCAGGCGCUAAGAACUUUGACCCCUUCCUGCGCCGUGUGUGCUGGUGUACGUAGUCCUUCAGGCUGUUGUACAAAGGCUACGGCAUGCCAGCGUUCCUUUUUCCUAGCCUCACAACCUUCCCCUCCCCCAUCCCACUGUGUAUAACGAUAAAUUAUGCAGGAAAACACGACAUCCGAUGUAAUUGUCUGUGUUUUUUUUUUUUUCUUUAUUUUUUUUUCUUUUUUUAUCCUAAGAUAAUAAAAAAUAUAAUACAUGAAAGCGCAGGGAACCAGUGUUUGCAAUAAUGUUAACACUCAACAUUUAAAGGACAAAUUGGUGUGCAUGUCAUUGGAGUCAGUGUCCAUGUUUAAUAAAUGCUAUAUGAUGUGUUUUUAUUAAAACAAAAGUGUCAGAACUCUCUUAAA